GGUGAGUCUUUCCCUGCGGAGGUCAGGUCUCCUUCCUUAUCUUGGCGAUAGCCACCUUAAGCGUGUACGGUCUUUUGAAAAAUGGCCGAGUCAGCCGACCACAAGGAACUGUUAGAAUCUAGUCAAGAAGAGGCUGGUAAUAAGGUAAUGAUGGAGGGACCCGGGGAACAACCGGAGCGCAGUGAAGAUGUCGCAGCUGGGCCUGGAGAUGAUAAAGUGCACGGUGAGGAAGCCGCCGCAGGACCUGGGGAAGAAGGGGAGAAAGGUGAAGAUGCUGCUGCUAGGUCCGGGGAAGGCGGGGUAAAAGAUGAAGAUACUGAUGAGGAUUCAGACACAGACCGUCCAAAAGGACUUAUUGGUUAUCUUUUAGAUACAGACUUUGUUGAAAGUCUGCCUUUGAAAGUUAAGUACCGUGUGUUAGCCCUCAAAAAACUUCAAACUAGAGUGGCCAAUCUGGAAUCCAAAUUUCUGAGGGAAUUUCAUGGCAUUGAAAGGAAGUUUGCUGAAAUGUAUCAACCGUUAUUGGAAAAAAGACGUCAGAUCAUAAAUGCAAUCUAUGAACCUACAAAAGAGGAAUGUGAAUAUAAGUCAGACUCUGAGGACUACGAUGAUGAGAUGUAUGAUGAGGAAGAAAUGGAUGGUAAUGAGGAGGGUCUGGUACAUGAGUAUAUGGAUGAGGAUGAUGGUUGUGAAGGAGAUUAUUAUGAUUAUGCUGUCGAGGAGGAGGAGGAUGAUGACGAUGACGAGGAUACUGAUGACGACAUCGAGGCUACCGGAGAAGAGAAUAAAGAAGAACAGGAUCCUAAAGGAAUUCCUAAUUUUUGGCUGACUGUAUUAAAAAACGUUGACACACUCACUCCUUUGAUUAAGAAAUAUGAUGAGCCUAUUCUGAAGCUCCUGACAGAUAUUAAAGUGAAACUUUCAGAUCCUGGCGAGCCUCUCAGUUUCACGCUAGAAUUUCACUUCAAGCCCAAUGAAUAUUUCAAAAAUGAGCUGUUAACAAAAACUUAUGUGCUGAAGUCAAGGCUGGCGUAUUAUGAUCCCCAUCCCUAUAGGGGAACUGCAAUUGAGUAUUGCAUAGGCUGUGAGAUAGAUUGGAAUGAAGGUAAGAAUGUCACUUUGAAAACCAUCAGGAAGAAGCAGAAACACCGGAUCUGGGGGACAAUCCGAACUGUAACUGAAGAUUUUCCCAAGGAUUCGUUCUUCAAUUUCUUUACUCCUCAUGGAAUCAACUCAAAUGGAAAGGAUGGAAAUGAUGAUUUUUUACUUGGUCACAAUUUACGUACUUACAUAAUACCAAGAUCAGUGUUGUUUUUCUCAGGUGAUGCACUUGAAUCUCAGCAGGAGGGGGUAGUUAGGGAAGUUAAUGAUGCAAUUUAUGACAAAAUUAUUUAUGAUAAUUGGAUGGCUGCAAUUGAGGAGGUUAAAGCUUGUUGCAAAAAUCUUGAGGGAAUAGUAGAAGAUGUUGAUCGCUAAAGCAAAGUGUACUUGGUCCUGACAUUAACUGCUGUAGAUCUAGUUACUCAAGAUACAAGAAGUUAAUUAGAGCCUUGUGUUCUGAAUUUUUUCUUGUAGGGUCAUUUAAAACAUAGGUCUCAGAAAUAUGAGAGAGAUUUAAAUACUAAUUAAUGUGACCUUGCAUUUUAGUAGUGGAAUGUUUUCAAGAAAUAUAAACUGUGGUAGAUGGUUUAAAAUAUCUAUAUAAUGUGUAGUUUAAUCCUUCUAAAGUCCUUUAAACAUAUAGCUAUUAAUCUGUGGCUGUGAAUAUUAUCAGAACUGCUAAAUGAGACCAACAUUUGUUUGGAAAGAAAAUCUUGGAGAACCAACCCAAGGUUUUUUGAAGCUGUGUGUGUGUGUGUGUGUGUGUGUGUGUGUGUGUGUGUGUUUUCUUAGUCCUUUAUCUAGUGGGUUUAUUCUCUUGUACCUGCUUCAUUUUGCAACAAAAUACAGUAGAAUUUAAAACUUGAAUGCUUAAGAAGCCUGCAUAUGGUUAAAAUUUUCAGAUAAAACUGCAUUUAUUGUUAGUAACAGCUUAUCCAUAGGCUCUUGUAUUUUAUUUGACCAUGAUAAAUAAUAAAACUUAGUUAUAUU